CGUUGACAAUUCAAGAAGAUAAACAAAAAAAAAGUUAUCGACCAAAUCGUCCACUAUUUUCUUGUUCGUGUUAUCUGAUGCGAUUGUAGUGCGAGUCAUGCUCAUAAUUGCUUAAAUAUCUAUCUCCCAUGAACGUUUGCUAGUGUCGUGCUUACAAAUCAGUUUCGGUCAUCAUCCUGCGCGGAGCGAGCAUAGCGAUGGAAUGCGAUGAUGCUGCGGUGGAGCGACAAAAACUCGUAUCGAACGACGAGGAAGACGACCAGGCAACUAUCACAAACUUGUCCUCCAGUGGUCAGGCAAAAUCCAUCCAAACGCCCAUUUCACCCGUGCUUAGUAAUAAAAUAUUCUCAAGUGGGGAGACGAGUCGAAGUCGUAACUCCACCAGUUACCCAGCAAGCCUCGGGAAGCCUGUCCAAGGUGAUGCCCCACCCUCUGCAAAGUUGAACUAUGUCAACGAACGUAGAAGCCAUGACACGAAGACUAAGCCAAAAAAGGUUCAAAGAGAUCUCACUCCAACGAGUGGGGGAGGAUCUAGUGGCAGUAGCAAUCUUCCAGCCAGCAUACGAUACUAUCGACAGAAAGCUUCCGACUCGUCGCUAGCUAGUAGCAGCCAUUCCAAUGCAGCCACCGCCAAUAGUAGCUCGAUUAGUUUGAACAAAAGUUAUAGCUUUACCUCACGACCACUAAAGCACCACUCUUUCAUAUCAGAAGUACCGGAUGUGCGGCACAUGGAGCGUGCCCUUCUGGGACUGCUGGAAGAUUUCCACUCGGGCAAGCUGAAAGCGUUUGGUUCUGGCUGUACGAUGGAGCAGAUGACGAGUAUCCGUGAGCAGCAGGAGAGUCUCGCCAAGUUGCAUUUCGACCUGGGAAACGAAUCAUCCUUUGGCAGCAAAGGUGGUAACGAGGUCCAAUCACAGAACAAUAUGAAGCAGCUGGUAGCGAAGCUGGAACAGCUAUCUUUCUCCAUCGAGAAGCUUCAUUCGAGCAACGUAGAGCAUUGAAAGGAAACUUGGUCCCCUAGAUCAAUUCAAUUGAAAUUGGGCGUUAUUUGUUAUGGAGAAAAAAAAGAAUUUUUAAUGGUUUCUAUUUUUUUAUAUGUAAUGGAUUCAGUUUAAGAUCGCAAAUGAGUUUCGGAGAGGAAAAAAUACAAACAUUUAUUUUCGAAGAUUAAAA